UGAGGAUUUUAGCUGAGGUCUCUAAUGGCCUGAAAGGAUAACACUGAAAAAAUCUGGCCCUGCAGUCACUUAUCAGGGAUUCAGGUUCUUGCCUUGAUUCAGGUGGGAAACACUACUGGCUCUGAUCUUCCAUACCUCAUCGGGGGAGCACGGUCACCUGCCGGCUUCCUUACUGGCCAGCAGGACCAGGAACGCCCCACACGUGCGCGUGGGUGUCAUUUCUCCCUCCGUGCUUUCUCCCGUCCUUCCAGAGUCGGUUCUGGCCCAAUGCAUGUCCUGCCCCCUUGGGAUGGUUUUCCCGGUAAACUCACUUGAAUCAUUGGAUUAACAGAAACCCAAAAAGGAUUACCCCUGCCCUCAGCCCACAGGGACUACCCUGAUUUCUGAGGAGACAGCGGGACUGUGGUUCUCCCUGCUGGUCUCUGUCAUUAUUACAAGGCUCUUUCUCUGAUCUCAUCUGAUUACUGUUGGAAUUUCCUUAGGUCUCCUAAACUGUUCUUAGAAAGCAGCUGUUCUUCAAAGCUUCAGGUUACCUUUCUUCCUAACAAUGCUAUACACUUAUUUCUUGAUCAAGAAAUAAAUCUGUUUGGUUAUAAAAUACUUUCUGGAAGUAGGAGAGGAAGUGCAGAAACCUCCUUGCAGGGAAGUGGGCAUGCUGUGGGAGUAGAGUGGCUUCCUGCAGCCAUCUGUAGACUCCCAGAAAGUGGGCAGGGCACACACCACCUUCUUUCUAGGUGUGCCUCGGUGAUAGCCGCUGGUGACAAGAGAUUGGAGGCCUCAAAUGUAUUAGCCUGGAGCCCAGUUCCGGGUCACUGCCCCUUUGCCAAGCCUAUGUGCAAUACCCCUCGGUGCUUUAGUGCAAGAAGCCCGUUCCAAGAAGCAUGGGAAUGUCAUCUUUAGGUGUCAGGAGUUGGGAUCAAGGCCAGGGAAAAUCUGGCCUGUGGCGCUUUUUUUUUUUUCUUUCUUUUCUUAAAACAUUUAUCUUUACCAUUUUACCUGUGUAUAUCAUUUUAGUUCCUGAGUGACUGAAACACCAGUACUUUCAUCACUUUUUAAUUUGCACUUUAUUUUUUUCCUUCCAAACUUGUUCUCUGGACAGCUGUGGGUAGGAGAGCUGGAGCUGGGUGAGGAGGGGUGCUGUGUCCAUCCUCCCUCGCUCCCUGGCCCUCCUCCCCCCGCCCCUUCCAGCUUGCUGCUCCAAGAGCUCAAGGGGAGGUAGAAUUCGCAGGCCAGGGCGCAUCUUUUAUUUAUUUAUGUUGCCCAACAGAACUUGAUUGUAAAUAAAAAAGAAAUCGGUUAUAUACUUUUCAAACUUUGUGUCUCUUCAUGGUUAUUGUGUGCUCCUCUGUCUUUCCGAGAAAAAGCUGUUUCUUCCGUCUGUUUGCGAGGUAUUCGUUCAUUUGUAAAUAACAGCUAUUUUCCUGGGGUCUCUCCUCAUCGUUCAUCAUUCGAGCCUCCGUUACCACUGCCUGUAAACCAGCAUCCCAGUUUCACAUCACAUGUAAGUCUUAGGGUCUCAUGAAUCUCUGCGUCUGUCCCGUGAGCGCCCAGCGCACUCACAAGACCCCUGCCAUCAGGUCUGUGCUGCAGCCGGUGAGAGUACCUGGUUCCGCACUGAAGACUUUGUCCAUAGGAUCGAUGGUGAGCCUUACCGGUCUCCCACUGGUCUCCAGCCUCUUCACUGAAGGGCCAGGAACUACCUCACGGAGGAGUGAUUUGUUCACAGGGCCUUGGGUCUCUAGUAAGCAGCCUUGUCCUGGGACAAAUCCUGAUCUCCUGGAGCCACCACCCCCACCUCAAGACCUCUGUUCGUUCCCUUAUGACGACUGUUUGCAGGGGGUAGGGAGACAGCCGAACAUCCACUUCACCCAGCACCUGGGGGCAGGAUUCUUUUGUGACCUAAAGUCUCAGAGGCAGCCAGCAGUCUCCAAAAAGCCAAAGGAGUCUUUUGUAGUCACUUUCAAGAAGGGUAAGUCAUUCUUAAAAGAGACGUGAAGUAAGCAUUGCAGUAACCUCUAACUAUACUGUUUUCUUUGAACUUGGAGGGAAGCUUGGCUGCUCUCCACUUCGAACAAAGAGAGGUUUGGGUUUGAGAUCCAUCUGUACCAUGAAGCUCUCUUCAGGUCACCUGCCCUGGCUGAGUGUUUGUGUGUGGGCUCACAUGGGCGGUGGGGGAGGACUUCAUCUGACUCAUGGUCCUGACACCCCCUCCCCCCCCAAAAUCUGUCCGAUCAUCUGGGAUCCUCCCUGCUGCUGCGGCUUCUGCUGGUGGGUAGGAGAUGGUCGCAGGAAUUUCUCCAUUUCUCAGAUGAAUCUGGGUGGUGGGAGCUGGUGUGCUCCCUGGUAAGUGAUGGCAGCUUUGACCCGGACAUGAACAUAUCUCAGAAGUUGAGGAUUUUAAGACAUUUUUCAAAUGAACUUGGGUUCCCUAGGUCAUUUCCCAAAAUAGUGUGAUAAAUCAAGAUCAGUGCCUUAUUCUUAAAAGUACAUGCCACAUACGUACUAGCCUUUGUCCUUAAGUCCUGCAAAACCCCUCUACAUCUUUCACAUCGUGGCACGCAGGAGAAUUUGUGUGGACACUGGAGUAAUCUCUCAGCCUGGAGGGGCCAGCCUGGCCCCAAGAGUGGCUUGGUUGGGAAGUUCCAGAUCUCUUGAGCAGAGCAAGGUGUGCAGAGCUACCUGUGUUUUCAUGUGGCACAGCACAACCCUGCUUUUAGAGAACUAGAUGUUUUGAAAGGUACACUUGAAACCCCUCACCCAUGUGGGCACCAGGAAAGAACAGCCCUGAUGAAAUUCCCCUUCAAGACUGCCGGAUUGCAGAAACCACAGACAUUUCUGGGUUCCUGUGAGGCCUCAGAUCAUAAUCAGAAGCCUGUGGCUCUCAAACCUGGUGAUCUGUGAACUGUGUCCCGUGUCACAAAUUGGGGGGAGUUUCAUAGUUAAGUGAGAAGCUCUUCCAGCAUCUUGACCCCUAGUGAGUGCCAUGCCUCCAGUCCACACACCCCUCCAGGCCUACAUGGUGAGGCUGCCACCAGAUGGCCUGGGGCUGGCCACAGGGUUGCCUUUACUCCACUCCAUCUUUUCUCUUGUGCCGUAUGGAAAUGCCCACUCGCUAGAAAUCCAAAGUUUUCUUUCUUAAUUUCUUUCUUUUUUUUUUUUUAAGAUUUUACGUAUUUAUUCAACAGAGACCACAAGUAGGCAGAGAGGCAAGCACAGAGAGAGAUGAAGUAGGCUCCCUGCUAAGCAGAAAGCCCAAUGCGGGGCUCAAUCCCAGGACCCUGGGAUCAUGACCUGAGCCAAAGACAGAGGCUUUAAACCACUGAGCCACCCAGGUGCCCAAUCCCAAGUUUUCAAGCCAGUAAUAAACUUGGUGAAUCUUUUUUUUUUUUUUUAAGAUUUUUAUUUAUUUGACUCACAGAGAGAGAUAUCACAAGUAGGCAGAGCAGCAGGCAGAGAGAAAGGGGGAAGCAGGCUCCCCACUGAGCAGAGAGCCCAAUGGGCUCGAUCCCAGGACCCUGAGAUCAUGACCUGAGCUGAACGCAGAGGCUUAACCCACUGAGCCACCCAGGCACCCCAAACUUGGGCAAUCAAGGAAGGUGAAAUGUACCCAUUUGUAUAGAUUCUGGAAGAAAAUCAAAAGUGGUACAGUCCAGUAAAAUUACUUUUAAUCUGCUUCACCUCCACAUAAUUUGGUUUUCGUACCUCAGGGAGCUCUAGCUUCAUAGCACAGCCCUAGUGGUUUCCAUCUAUGCCUCCCAACCCUUCCCUGCCUUCAUUCCAGAUACUUCCAUCCUCUUUGUGCUCCAGCCAUGCUGUGCUCCUCAAACACUCCCACUCUCCUUUGUGAGUUUUCCCCUGGGCUACACAGCCCUCGUUUAACCCUGACUGACUGACAGGCUCCGUGAGCUCACCCACAUCCAGUGGCCCCAGAAUCUGAGGAGGCAGAGGAAACACUUGUGUGUAAGGAGCCCUGGUGCAUCUACUGCCAGGGUGUUUCACAGCAAACCUGAAGCUUGUCAUUUUCUCUGAAUCACACAUCCCAGACUACUAAGGACACCGUGCCAUAGUUCUACCUCAUAGGACUGGUAAGAACUAGGUGUCAUCAACUGUUCAGUCCAGAUUCAAAUGUUCCCAGUUGUUUCAACAGUGAGUGUUUGGAUCAGGAUUUAACACAACAAACUACCUUAAAAUGUAAUUGUAAUGGCUUGAAACAGUCAUUAUUUCUCUCGAACCUGUGAGUGGGCUGGGCUGGCCCAGUUGGGGAUGAAUGGUAGAGGGUGCCCUCACAUCAGGCAGGCAGCUAGGAAAGCAAGAAUGAUGCAGCAAGAUUGCACCCAUCAAUGUGCGAGCACUUGUCAUCCUGCCCGGGUUGCCUUGUCCCAUCUCACUGGCCAGAGCAGAUGGCACGAGCACCCUUGCCUGAGUGUGGGGCGCCACCCAGCAGCAUGGGGACAGACAGGAAUGAACUGGAGCUGUUACGGCAGUUGUCCACAAUAAGGGCCCUGUUCUGUUCGCCUUUUGGGUCUUUUUUAUUCUAGAGCAGUAUCUGUUGCUGAAUUUUUUUAUGCCCCACACUGGAUCUGGUUGACUUUCCCCAUAGAAGCGGUAUGUGUGUCCUCGAUGGGAACAGUGGCCCUGGGCACAGCCAUGUGCCAGGCUUCUGUGGCUCUGCCCUGACCCUAGACAUGGAGAGGAGGGCAGGUGAAUCGGGCUCUGGGCUUUGUGUUCCCAGAGCAAGAAGAUGGUUGGCAGUUAAGCUUGUGAGCGCAGCAUGCAGGCUGUGCGCAGUCUGGUUUCUGGUUAGGAAGCCCUCAGUGCUGCUGCUCCCUAGAGUACAUGCCCAGAUGGUUCUAAGAACCUGUACGUCAGUUCUCAGGACCCCCGCUGUCCCGCUGUGGUGCUCAGCAUCAUGGACGCUCAGUCAAGUUAGUAUUUAGUAGGACUGAAUCAGCGAAAAGCUAACCAGACAGCCCCAAAAGGGUGGGUCGUUAACCGCCAAUGGGACAAACGACGAGGAGGGAGGGAGGGAGGGACAGUAGUUAAAAACCUAAGAAUAAACCACAGAGGAAGCAGAAGUGUUGCGAAGAUACUGUUCUGUGCGUGCAUGUGUAGGUUUCAGGUCACAGUGUAAAAAGUCUAUUUCUUUUUUACUGGCUUUAAAUGUAUUGAAAUUCACAUAAAAGUAACCAUUUUAAAGUAUAUUCACAGUGUUCCACUGCCACGCCCGUCUGGUUCCAGCAAAAAAAGGGACAUUUCUGAACCUGGAUCAGUGUCCAUUUUUUCCGGACUUUUUUGAUCUAUACCAAGCAGCUGAUCUACCUGAAGAAAAGCAUGGGCACUUGUCUUAGCUCGGGCUGCUAUCACGAAACACCACAAACCGGGCAGCUCUGACAACAGAUACUUCUUCCUUCCACCUCUGGAAAUCUGGUAGCCUGAGGUCAAGGCACCCACCAGGCCGCAGACGCCAGACGCACACUCUGAGGUGGAAGAAGCCCGCUACUGACAACAGGGACCAUGGCAGCCAGCGCGAAGGGCAGCAAGUCUGAGCCAAACCACGUGAUUUUCAAGAAAGUCUCCCGGGACAAGUCGGUGACCAUCUACCUGGGGAAGAGAGACUAUAUAGACCAUAUUGAUCAAGUAGAACCUGUGGAUGGUGUCGUGUUGGUGGAUCCCGAACUUGUGAAGGGAAAGAAAGUGUAUGUGUCUCUGACCUGCGCCUUCCGCUACGGCCAGGAGGACAUUGACGUGAUCGGCCUGAGCUUCCGCAGGGACCUGUACUUUUCUCAGCACCAGGUGUUCCCACCUGUGGAGGCUACCCCUGCCCCCACAAAACUGCAGGAGAGCCUGAUGAAGAAGCUGGGAGGCAACACAUACCCCUUUCUGCUCAAGUUUCCUGAUUACUUACCCUGCUCGGUGAUGCUACAGCCCGCUCCGCAAGACGUAGGGAAGUGCUGUGGGGUCGACUUUGAGGUCAAAGCAUUCGCCAGAGACAGUGCUGAGGACGAAGAGGACAAAGUGCCCAAGAAGAGCUCCGUGCGUUUAUUGAUCCGGAAAGUACAGCACGCCCCAGCGAAGAUGGGUCCCCAGCCCCAGGCUGAGUCCUCCUGGCAGUUCUUCAUGUCAGACAAGCCCUUGCACCUGGCUGUCUCCCUCAACAAAGAGACCUAUUUCCAUGGGGAGCCCAUUUCGGUGACGAUUACCGUGACCAAUAACACAGAGAAGACAGUGAAGAAGAUUAAAGCAUUAGUGGAGCAAGUGGCCAAUGUGGUUCUCUACUCGAGCGAUUAUUAUACCAAGCCGGUGGCCCAGGAGGAAACACAAGAAAAAGUGCUACCAAACAGCACUCUGACCACGACACUGACACUGGUGCCCUUGCUGGCCAACAACCGGGAAAGACGGGGCAUCGCCCUGGAUGGGAAGAUCAAGCAUGAGGACACGAACCUUGCCUCCAGCACCAUAAUAAAGGAGGGCAUAGACCGGACUGUUUUGGGCAUCCUGGUGUCUUACCAUAUCAAAGUGAAGCUCACGGUGUCAGGCUUUCUGGGAGAACUCACCUCCAGUGAAGUGGCCUCUGAGGUGCCUUUCCGCCUCAUGCAUCCCCAGCCCGAGGACCCAGCAAAGGGAAGUUUCCAGGAUGAAAAUUUGGUUUUCGAGGAGUUUGCUCGCCAAAAUCUGAAAGACUCAGGAGACCCCGAGGAAGGGAAGAAAGACCAGGAGGCCGGAGAUGAGUGAAGAAGAUGCUGGGAAUUGGGGUGGUUCACAGCCCGGAUGAGCCACGCUCCACAGUUAGCCCUUUAGCUAUGCUAAAUACCAAAGUGUGAGUCUUCUCCACAGAAAUAAAGUUUGUUCUGCUGCGA